GUUUUCCGCCAUGCUGUUCGCCAAGGUCCUAAUUAUAGCAGUCAUUGUCGUCACUUACCACACCAAUCCGGCUAAUGUCGUGAACACCUUCCGUGGGAAGCUAGAAGAAUCUGUGAUGGGCUAUGUGGGGAUGCGCGCCAAAGACAAGCACAGUCUCCUUCUCAACACCAUGAUGCCUCACAUGUCAUGCUGUGGAGUCGAUGGUGGUGAGGAUUUUGCUGGUUCCAAGCAAUUUGAUUACAAGUACGUCGACAAGGAAAACACAAUACAAAUAGCAUACCCUUUCCCUUGCUGCAAGCUUGCAGCUGGAUAUAAUCGACCGACAAACAAAUGCCCAGAGUCAUUUGAUGAGAGGAACAGUAAUCUUAAAAGUGGCUGCUGGCCUAUUUUGGAACAAAAAAUACUAUCCGUGUUGACAAAGGUGUCUUACAUCGUCAUCGUUACCACCCUCAUUGAAUUUUUUCUAGGUUGUUUCGCAAUUUAUGCCGCUCUCAUGGUGGAAGACAGACAGAGUGUAUGAAUCACUAUCCUGGCUACGGGAAAUCUUGGCGUCACAACACCGGAUAGUCACGCUCAGAGAAUUGCACAAAUGCGACCACACAAAGCACGACGUUUGUUGACCAGAUUUCUUCUUCUCCAUGUGCACAUUCAGUUGUAUCACAAAGCUCAAAGCAGCACGAUAGAGUAUUAGAGCUCUAACAACAAAGAUCCUUCAGACAUAUUGUGUCCUGUGCGUAAAAAAGGAUUCCACAUUCUCGUUUUUUUCUUCGCUAAACUACCAUAGAAGACCAGUGAUUGAUUCACAGCUUGUAGAUAAUGAAUUUGACCUUUAUCCCCUAACCUUUGCCCGUCCAUAAAUCGCUGCUGGUCGA